AUGGCCGGUUUCCUCAUGAAACAAAUGGUGGGCAACCAGUUGAACGAGGUGACGGGCGGUCUCGGACUCAACAAGGACGAGGGCGGCGAGAAGACGGAGACCGGCGAGGACCCGGAAGUCGUCGCCGCUCGUCUGGAGCAGGAGGAACGGCGCAAGGAGAAGCAUCGCAAGAUGGAGCAGGAGCGCGAGAAGAUGCGUCAGGGCAUUCGCGACAAGUACGCGAUCAAGAAGAAGGAGGAGGGCGUCGCGAUGGACUUUACCGAAGGACGCAUCGGAGGUACGCAAACCUAACUCUUCUUGGCUGAGGAAACACGCCCCUAGGCUAUCGGAAAUGCUUGGUUUUCUCACUUUUCUUGCAGCGGAGCGCGUUUGUUCAGCCAAACUGAUAAUAAUUGAGUCAAUUACCAAGCGCGGAGCCGCGUGCUUGCUCGAAAACAACAAAAACAAUUACAGGACCGCGCAAGACUCCCGAAGAGAUCGCCGCCGAAAUGAACGCCGAGGAUGACUCGCUGAUCGGCCAACUCGGACUCACCGAGCACGUCGAAAAGGCCAAGACGAUGGCGACGGGCGCGUUCGAGACCGUCAAGGGAUUCUUGCCGUUCGGAAAGUAA